GGAAAGUGAUGAGAGGCUCCGGACUUGUCCUGGCGGCGGCAGCGUCCGCCCGGGCGGCGUGCGAUUGGCAAAAUGUCCACACCGGCGGUGGCGGUGGUUUCGUCCCAUCGAUACAAUUCCAUCCCACCGAAAAGGGCGUGGUUUUCGCCCGAACAGAUAUGGGAGGCCUGUACCGGCUGAAUGACGACGAAUCCUGGACCGUCCUUACUGAUGCGAACGGCUUCGCCGACGACGAGAACUGGAACAGAUGGGGCAUCGACGCGUUGGCUCUGGACCCUUCGGAUGCAAACAAGGUGUACAUCACGACGGGCAUGUACACAAACGACUGGGACCCCAAGAAUGCAACCCUCGCCCGCAGCUCCGACAAGGGUGAGACCUGGGAGCUCACCACGCUCCCCUUCAAGGCCGGCGGCAACAUGCCUGGUCGCGGGAUGGGCGAGCGCCUGGCUGUGGACCCCAAGAAUUCCCAGGUCAUUUUCUUUGGUGCCCGCAGCGGCAACGGCCUGUGGAAGUCUACCGAUGGCGGCGCGACCUUCGCCAAGGUGGACUCGUUCGAGGCCGUUGGUACCUUCCGCCCUGGCCCUCAAGAAGAUUCCUACAGCGGUGAUCUGCAAGGUCUGGCUUUUGUCACAUUUGAUGAGACUUCUGAGGCCCUCGACGGCGCCACUUCCCGCAUCUUUGUCGGCACCGCCGACAACACCACCGCCUCCGUCUACGUGAGCACCGACGCGGGUGCUUCUUGGAGUCCUGUGCCCGACCAGCCGCCGCAGUUCUUCCCCCACAAGGCCAGACUGUCAGUUGCAGAGAAGGUUAUCUAUUUCACGUACUCGGAUGGCACCGGACCCUACGAUGGCACCCAGGGGGCCGUCUACAGAUACGACCUCACUUCUGGACGGUGGACUGACAUCACCCCAACCUCGGGCAGCGAUCUUUUCUACGGUUUCGGUGGAAUUGCGAUUGAUGCGCAGAACCCUGGCACCAUUGUUGUCGCCAGCUUGAACAGCUGGUACCCUGAUGCUCAACUCUUUCGCUCGACCGACGGCGGUGCUACUUGGAAGACGAUCUGGAGCUGGGGUGCCGAUGGCAAUGUUGUACCCCGGUACACCAUUGGCGCUAAGAACGCUCCGUGGAUCGAGACCAACUUCCUCAACCCCGACACAAAGAAAAUUGGCUGGAUGAUCGAGUCACUGGAGAUUAAUCCUUUCGACAGCAACCACUGGCUGUACGGGACCGGCGUUACCAUCUACGGGGGCCACGACCUGACGAAUUGGGACUCGAACAAGACUGUCACCAUUGAAAGCCUUGCUUCUGGGAUCGAGCAGAUGGCCGUCACCAGCCUGGCCUCGGCUCCAGGUGGCUCAGAGCUGCUCAUGGCCACCCUCGACAACAACGGCUUCACGUACGAGUCUGUCGCCGACCUCGGCACCGCCCCCCAGACCGCCUGGACGGACCCCUGGUGGGCAAGCAGUGUCUCCGUUGACUUUGCCGGCAACGAUGUCUCCAAGGUGGCUCGCAUAGGCAACACAGCCGGCUCCCCUCAGCUAGCCCUGAGCGGCGAUGGCGGCGCCACGUGGGCCGUCGUGAACGCCACUGGCACCACUGCCGCCGAUGGCACCGUGGCCUACUCAGCGGAUGGCGAUGUGGUCCUCUGGUCUACGCUGAACCAAGGCGUGCUCGUCUCCCGCGACCAGGGUAAGUUGGAGAACGCCACCCUCCCCGCCGGUAGCGUCAUCGCCAGCGACAAGCAAAACAACACUGUCUUCUACGCCGCGUCCAAGGCAACCUUCUACAUCUCCACCGACGGCGCCACGACAUUCACGGGGACCCCGCUCGCCAACGUCACCGACAUACGCCACAUUGCCGCCCACCCCGUCAGGGCCGGUGAGCUCUGGGUCUCGACUAACGCCGGCGUCUUCCACAGCACCGACUUCGGCCGGACCUUUUCCGCCCUGCCCUCCAGCCCUGUGAACGCCCACGGGGUCUCAGUUGGCAGAGGCGACGACACUAUUGCCUGGAACCUGUACGCCUUCGGCAACGGACCCGAUGGCAAGAAGCUAUAUGGGAGUGUGGAUGGCGGCGCUACCUGGGUGGACAUCCAGGGCUCGUACAGCUUCGGCGCCCUUGAUGGUGCUGCCCUUGUUGGCUCUGCCAAUGAGGCCAACGUUGUUUACGUUGGUACCAACGGCCGUGGUGUAAUGUACAGCUCUUGUCUCAUCGCCGAUUCAGCGGCUUCUCGCCCCAAGAGACGCCUCCGUGGCCGUCCCAUGCGGAUUGCCAACCCAUAA